CUGCCAGACUGUUCCCUCUCACGUGCUGACAACUCCAAAGCCGAUCCAUCCACGGCCGGUGGUAUAUAUCGCCAUCAGAGCCAUCAUCCCGACGGAUCCCUGCGCUCCGUGCUCAGCUGACACUAACAGCAGUGACCGUGAGCACCGCCACCGCCACCACCCACCACCUCAUCAAUGGCGGCGUUGGCGUUGGCGUUCCUAGCGCUGACGGCGGUGCCGGCGGUGCUGUGCCAGGCGCCGGGGCCGGCGGCGCCCAAGGGCCCGCCGAACGUGACGGCGAUCCUGGAGAAAGGCGGUCAGUACACCACCUUCAUCCGGCUGAUGAAGUCGACGCAGCAGGACACGCAGCUCAACAGCCAGCUGAACAACUCGUUCGGGAGCGGGUACACGGUGUUCGCGCCCACCGACAACGCCUUCGCCAGCCUGAAGCCGGGGACGCUGAACAAGCUGUCGCAGCAGGAGCAGGUGUCGCUGGUGCAGUUCCACGUCCUGCCGCAGUUCUACUCCCUCGACUCCUUCGAGACCGCCAGCAACCCCGUCCGCACGCAGGCGUCGGGAUCCGAUGGCCCCUACACGCUCAACAUCACCGCCGACAGCAACAGCCAGGUGAACGUGUCCACGGGCGUCGUCGCCACCCGCCUCGGCACCGCGCUGCGCGCCACGCAGCCGCUCGCCGUCUACUCCGUCGACACCGUGCUGCUGCCCAACGACCUGUUCGGCGUCAAGCCCCCCUCGGCGGCGCCGCCCGCACCCGCCAAGAAGAAGCCGGCCAAGGGGGGAUCCGUCGCCGAGGCGCCCUCCGCCGGCGACUCGGCCGACGCGCCGCCCUCCGGCGCGGCCGCCGCGCGUGCCGGAUGGAGCUCGCUGGCCGCUCUGCUCCUCGGUGCCGCGGCCUGCUCCACCCUGUUGUGAUUGUGAGAAUGUAAACAUGGUUCGAGUCGUGCACAAGAGCCGUGCAUGUGCAUGAGUAGUUCUUGUUCUUGCAGUUUGCUUCUCUUCUCCUCUUCUAGUAACUUGGAUUUGUCCGUUGCUUCACCUGGUUUGGAGAAACCAGGCCAUGUGAUUCUUUCCGAUGCCUGAACGUUGAUGAUGCGAGCUGUUAAUUUCUACGUAUUUUUCUCCUCUUGAUUCAUCGAUCUUGGAUCUCAUUGUUCAUGACUA